AACAGCUAUCUUGUGCAGGUCACUAAAUGUUCUCCACUUCUGGAAAAGCUGGUUUUUUUUUUUUUUUUUUUUUUUUUCUGUUGGGAGCGGCUGAUCCUACUCUGGGAGAAUUCUAAGGCUGCUGCAGCCCUACCCAUGGGACACACCUCACCAUGUCACACUAUAUAUGUCCCCGGUGGUUCUGAGGAAGACAGAGGUAGCCCAGCCUUCUCCUAGGACCUGAGAGAUACCAACCACCUCACCAUGAAGCUUCUAGUCAUUUCCAGCCUUCUCUGCAUCCUGCUUCUCAUCUUCUCUGUGGAAGGAAGAAGACCUACUGCCAAGCCCUGGAGACGGAGGCCCUGCUGCCCAAGGUUCAUCCUUCACGGGAGAACCCCGAAAGCUCCAAGGCUCUCUCAGGAAUCCCAGAAGACCCCAGCACUGCUUGUCCCUCCAGAGCCAUGGACCAGAAGGCCAUCAACCAAGCACAGAGCCGUGAUGCCCUCCCUGGUCUCUGAGAGUCUUGCCCAGCAGAGAGCACGGCCAGGUCACUACGUGAGGCCCUGCAGACCGUGCAAGCCUAAGCCAAGUAUCCCUCACCCCUGGGUGGUACCUGGGGCACUCCCACAGAUAUAGAGCUCCCAAUGCAAUGCCCCAUUACAGGUAAGAUGCUCCCAGCUUGUGCAUGAUGCGCCCAGCAGCCUCAAUAGCCCCUUCCAACCGUCACAGUCAUGUGCUGUGAAGUUGGGGGGUCUUGUCAUCUCUAGCAGCAGCAGCAACAUCCCUGGGCAAGUUCUGGCACUCCAGGCCCUAACCCCGGCCUGCCACCAACCUUCGGAAUUAUCCUGAGCUGGACU